AUGGUAUACCUUGAAACAUCAGAACUCGGCUUUAGUUUUCGAUUCAAACGGCCAAUUAAUCGCUUGGCCUCCUGUUUGAACAGUUGUCGCCUACGACUCAGCUCCACUUGGCCUCAACUUCGCUCAAACAGGUUUACAAGGGCACCAUCUCACAAGGAGAGGAAACCCAGUACAACUGAGGACACAGAAGGAUCAAUAUCGAAACCUGUUCAAAAACCUUUGUUACCAGUAUUUGAUAACAAUGCAUCCCUCGACACAGAUGGCACACCUCUACCUACUGGGUGGGUACCUUGCAUAGACAGCGCGAAUCGCAAAUUCUAUGCCAAUAAUUACACGAGGACCACGUUAUGGAAAAGCAAGCCAACAACCUUGGAUCUCGGCGACAAAAAUCGUAACCUCAAAGAUUUACCUACUGGAUGGGUGACUGGUGUAACCACAGAUUCUCGGAUAUGUUUCGUCAAUCGCAAUACUCAGACCCAAAGUUGGACCGAUCCAAGGAGUCCUCCUGGAUGGAGCAAGAGAUUCGACGAAGAAGGCAGGCCGUAUUUUGUUGACUAUAACAAUUUAACUGCGACUUGGGACGACCCAAUGCAAAAUAUGUUUGCGACAGACCCUUUGGAUAUCUUCAUGCGCAAGAUUUUAUUCUUCAAUAGAAGAAAUUCUAUCAGAAUUCAAGAAGGAGCCUCUGAAAUAAGCGUGCGAAAGAGCGUCAUCCGUAAAGAUACCUUUGCGUUUCUCAGGAAAAUACAGGAGACACCAAGGGCCUCUCUGCGUCGCUAUCCUCGCGUGACGUUUAAGGAUGAUUUGGAUUGCAAAGAGCCUGUCCAAGAAUGGCUCGAUUUGGUACGAGAUGAUUUGCUGCAGGAAGAUGGACCCUUCGAGAUAGACGAUACCGGUUCUUUUAAAAAACUCAAGAGAUCACUUUGGACACGUAUCUUAAUGGUUUUCUGUCAUAAAUAUGGAUGGCUUUGUGGGAUGGCUGUAUUCCAUGGGUUUUUCGUGGACCCUAGACUGGCCUCAAUCUUACAUGGCGAUCUCACCCGCAUUAGCCCAGUCACCGAACGAAAUCCCGUUAAUUUUGGACAUACCAAGAUACUUGACCCAAAAGACUACCUUUUACUUGGCUUUUGUAAUGUGGUAGAUCGUCAGAUGUUUGAAGGGUAUUCCCUCAUUGAACUGGAACGGCUAUUUGGAAGAGUGACCACACUUCAGAAAGAAUACUGUGCAACAUACACCAUGUUCGAUGAAAAAAUCGAAAAACGCACUGACAAGGACUCCAUGGCUGUUAAUGGCUCUUCAAUUUCUUCUAAAUCCGAUAUUCACCUGGAUUGGUUCUGGAAAAUUGCCGGCUCAUGGGCUCCUGAGGAACAACGAGCGCUAUUUACCUAUGUAACGGGAAGCGUGCGCAUACCCGCGAGUGACCUGAUCAAAGUCAUGAAAACCCCAGACGGAAACAUCCAACGCGUCACUAUACCAGGAAAAAAGGUCAAACGCGAAGCUCUCCCACUAAGGGACAUUGAUGUCCCCCAACAUAUUUUGUUUAUCCCACCGUUCGAAAACUACGAGGCGAUGGAACGCGCUUUGAGAUCAGUCGUGUUUGAUGAUGACAAGGCGGUAGGUAAAACUUAUCUUGGGUAUGAGUGUAUGUAA